UUCUCCCCCGAAAGCCCAAACUGACGCAGCCGAGCAAACCCAAACCCCAACUCCCCACACGACCCUUACCGGCGAUGUCGCCGUCGCCGCCGCCGCCGUCGGGUCGCCCGCGCCGUGCGGCGUCGGCGCGUCCGGGGUCGUACGACGAGUCGCUGGUCGACACCGAGCUGCAGGCCUACCUUGGGAACUCCCCGUCGCGGCGCAUCCGGCGCCUGCGCCGCCUCUCCCCGGAGGAGCGCCAGCGCGAGACGGAGACAGAGGCGCUCAUUUCGCUCUCCCUGGGCUUCCCCAUCGACGCCCUCCUCCCCGCCGAGGAGGCCAUCCUCGCGGACGCCGAUGCCGCCGCCCCCAACGACUACAUCGUCGUCCGCAACCACAUCCUCGCCUCCUGGCGCGCCGAUCCGCGGGUGCCGCUCCCCCGCGCGCGCGUGCUCGAGACCGUUGCCUCGAGCUACGAUCACCUAGUCGCCGCCGCGCACGGCUUCCUCACCCGCGAGGGCCACGUUAACUUCGGCGUCUCCGCCGCCUUCCCCGCAUCCUCUCCCGCCGACGCGCUCCAGGCCCCAGCCGCUUCCGUCCUCGUCAUCGGUGCUGGCCUCGCUGGGCUCGCUGCCGCGCGGCAGCUUCUCCGCUUCGGCCUCCGCGUGCUCGUCCUGGAGGGCCGCGCCCGCCCUGGUGGCCGCGUUUACACCUCCCGCCUAGGCGGGGGCCAGGCCGCCGUCGAGCUCGGUGGGAGCGUCAUCACUGGCAUCCACGCGAACCCGCUAGGCGUGCUCGCCCGCCAGCUCGGGAUUCCUCUCCACAAGGUGCGUGACCGCUGCCCACUGUACCACACUGACGGCCGGACUGUGGGCACCAGGCUAGAUAGAAGUAUCGAUUUGGUGUUCAAUACGCUUCUUGACCACGCCACCAGGCUGCGGGAGGCUCUCAAGGAAGCCGCAGAGGGAAUCUCUCUGGGGGAAGGGAUCGAAAGGCUGAGAAGGUUGUACAAUGUGGCCAAAAGCGAGGAAGAGAGGGAGGUUCUGGACUGGCAUCUGGCAAACCUUGAGUUCUCCAAUGCUGGUUGCUUAUCGGAGCUCUCUCUGGCGCACUGGGACCAGGACGACCAGUUUGAGAUGGGUGGUGACCAUUGCUUCUUGGCUGGAGGGAAUUCGAGGCUGGUACACGCCUUAUGUGAUGGUGUACCAGUGUUGUAUGAGAAGACGGUGAAGCGGAUUGAGCAUGGAGUAGAUGGCGUGAGCAUCACAGUGGAAGGAGGGCAGGUUUUUCAGGCGGACAUGGCGCUCUGCACUGUUCCGCUUGGAGUGCUCAAGAGUGGGAGCAUUGUGUUUGACCCAGAGUUGCCUGAAAACAAGCUUGGGGCGAUUCAGAGGUUGGGGUUUGGUUUGUUGAACAAAGUGGCUAUGGUGUUCCCAUCUGUAUUUUGGGAUGAGGAAAUUGACACAUUUGGGUGUUUGAAUAAGGAGUCGAGCAAGCGUGGGGAAUUCUUUCUCUUCUACAGCUACCAUACUGUCUCUGGCGGCGCAGUACUUGUUGCACUUGUGGCGGGAGAGGCUGCUUUGGAGUUUGAAAAGGUUGAUCCUGUUGUUACACUUCAUCGAGUACUUGGUAUUCUUCGAGGUAUCUAUGGCCCAAAAGGCGUUACUGUGCCUGACCCCAUUCAAUCUGCUUGUACAAGAUGGGGUAGUGAUCCUCUCUGUUGCGGUUCAUACUCUCACAUCAGAGUUGGGUCUUCUGGAACGGACUAUGACAUUCUUGCUGAGAGUGUCAGUGAAGACCGGCUCUUCUUUGCUGGAGAAGCGACGAACCGUGCAUACCCUGCAACGAUGCAUGGUGCCUUAUUGAGCGGACUAAGAGAAGCUUCCAGAAUUCUCCGGGCUUCACAAAGCAGAGUGGAUUCCGAUCAUAAAAAGUAUGCUCUGCAGAAAAGCCUUAGACCUCCCGAUGGCAUCCUUGAAGAUCUUUUCACGGAGCCAGAUCUUGAAUUCAGCAGAUUCUCAUUUGUGUUCUCCUCCAUGACACCCGACGAUCCACAGUCUAUAGGCUUGCUCAGGAUUACACUUGAGAAUCCCCAUUUGGAAGGGGACCAAAAGGAUCAGGAGCCUGCGGCCGAGAAGGAGGCUCACCAGAAAGCCUUCCACUUAUAUGCCGCCAUCUCUCGAGAGCAGGCCAAUCAGCUGCAACUGGCAGGCGAUGACGAUCGAGGUAGGUUAGAGUUGCUAUGCAAGGAUCUUAGUGUAAAGCUGAUGGGCUACGACAGUACAUGUGAUACAGGUAGCUCUCUGAUUUUAAGCAUCCAAAGCGCUCAGAAAGCCAGGAAGAGGCUGCAGCGCCCCAAGGACUUCAAAUUCUGACAUCGUUUUGUGUUACCAGAUUGCCUCCCUCCCCCCUCUUUGUAGAAGAGAAGCAUUCUUAGCUAGGUUGAAGAAUCUGAGGUUAGAUUGUUUUGCAAUUUAGUGUUGUACAAAUUCAGACAUUGGGGCCAUCCAAGACCCUGUCGUGUUGCGCUCCUAGUUGUAAAUUGCAGCAUCUGGGUUCAGUAGAUUAGACCUGGGAUGCAAAUGGCAUGAUGAGUGGAUCCAGAUAGUUUUUUUUAAGGGGUAUAUGCACUGCAGAUA